GAGCCUUUUUCCAAAAUUCAGAGUUUUCGGUGCAAUAUAGGUAUUUGCAGUACGAAGCUGAGGAAGGUUUUGUAUUAACUUAAAAAAUGGAUUCAAAUGCGGGUCCAUCGUCGGCUGAAUCCCACCUUGGGAAAAGCAAGCAGGAUGAGGAGGAAGAGAUGAAUAGUGUUCCUUUGGAGAGGAAUGAACUGUCCACCAAAGCCUCCAUGAUGAUCAUGAUGGUCGAACACGAUGACACUGAUGAUGAAGACGAAAGUCCUGAAGAACUGGACCAGGCUACGUUGUCCAGUAUGUGCACGCUACCUGCCGAGAUUGUUUUGGAAGAACGGGCUAGACAACUUUCAGAGCUUAGCAUGAAAGAAGCACUUGCUGAAGAAUUAUUUAAAUUUGAGAUCAGUAGAAUGUCCCUCAUUGCUAUACAUUCCGCUUUCUCCGCUGCUGUAUCAGACGAGAGUCGCCCAGCUAAACGCAAGCCAAACAUCUUCAGAAGAUUUGUUUCGUGCUGUUGUUCUUGCCUAGGUAGAAGGAACCGUUAAUGUUUUAAUUUUUGUAUUGUUAGC